UUGGCACUUGCCCGACAGGCCGACUCCCUCUUCCUCCGGUCCUCUUCCCGGGCCGCUAGAGUGCGCAACUGGACCCUGCCCGGUUGCUUUAGGCCGGCCUCUGCGUUUGCGCAGUGCGCGUGAGACCGAGGCAGCCGCGGCCCAGGCUUGGGAAAGUAGAGAGGCGGCGGCGCCUGCUGCGGCUUGCGGCGGGGCCGGCGGCUUGGAAGACGCGGAUGUGACCGCGGUUGGCCGGGCCUGCGGGCAGGGCCGGGGAAGCAGUUUGGAACAGCUCGGUGCCCCUCCCCCUCCCCCGUCAUCCCAUCCCAAGGCGCGGGAGGAAGAAGAGGGGCUAUGCAGCCGCCUCAGCCGCCCCCCUACGAGUUCCUCAGCGAGGAGAACGGGCAGAAAUGGCGGGGGCUCCUCGUGCCGGCCCUGCGUAAGGUUCAGCAGCAAGUCCAUCCCAACCUUUCAGCCAAGGAAGAUUCCCUCUUUUACAUCGAGGAACUAAUUCUUCAACUGCUAAAUAAGUUAUGCAUUGCACAGCCACGGACAUUUCAAGAUGUGGAGGAACGUGUUCAAAAGACAUUUCCUCAUCCAAUUGACAAGUGGGCAAUUGCAGAUGCACAGUCAGCUAUUGAGAAGCGAAAACGAAGAAAUCCUCUCCUGCUGCCGGUGGACAAAAUACAUCCUUUAUUAAAGGAGGUUCUUGGUUAUAAAAUAGAUUAUCACAUGUCUCUUUACAUUGUGGCUGUCCUGGAAUACAUCUCUGCUGAUAUCUUAAAAUUGGCUGGCAAUUAUGUUUUCAACAUACGACAUUUUGAGAUUUCCCAACAGGACAUUAAAGUAUCCAUGUGUGCUGAUAAGGUGUUAAUGGAUAUGUUUGAUCAAGAUGACAUUGGUUUGAUUUCCUUAUGUGAGGAAGAGCCUUCUUCUUCUGGUGAACUUAAUUACUAUGAUCUUGUCAGGACUGAAAUUGCAGAUGAAAGACAGUAUCUUCGGGAGCUGAAUUUGAUCAUAAAAGUAUUUCGAGAAGCUUUUCUAUCUAACAAAAAGCUGUUUAUGGCCAAUGAUAUUGACAUCAUAUUCAGCAACAUCACAGAUAUCCAUGAAUUGACAGUGAAGCUCUUGGGAUUAAUUGAGGACACAGUUGAAAUGACUGAUGAAAGUAGUCCUCAUCCCCUGGUUGGCAGUUGUUUUGAAGAUCUAGCAGAAGAACAAGCCUUUGACCCAUAUGAAACCUUAUCGCAGGAAAUCCUUUCACCACAAUAUCAAGAACAUUUUAAUAAUGUAAUGGCUAAACCUGCUGUGGCCUUACACUUCCAGUCAAUUGCUGAUGGCUUUAAAGAAGCAGUACAAUAUGUCCUACCACGCCUCAUGUUAGUUCCUGUUUAUCACUGUCUCCACUAUUUUGAAUUGCUACAGCAACUUCAAGAAUGCAGUGAAGAUGAAGAAGACUGUGAAUGUUUAAAACAAGCCAUCACAGCUCUCCUGAAUCUCCAAUGUAGUAUGGAACGCAUUUAUAACAAACAUUCACCUAGACGUCGGCCUGGGGAGCCUGUGUCUUGGUUCUACAACCGCCAAAUAAGAAGCAAGCAUCUAGCCAUUAAAAAAAUGAAUGAGAUCCAGAAAAACAUUGAUGGUUGGGAAGGCAAAGAUAUUGGUCAGUGUUGUAAUGAAUUCAUAAUGGAAGGCACACUGGCAAGAGUAGGAGCCAAGCAUGAACGACAUGUAUUUCUCUUUGAUGGUUUAAUGAUCAGCUGCAAAGCAAACCAUGGGCAGUCACGACUUCCAGGUUAUAGCAACGCAGAAUACCGACUCAAAGAAAAAAUUAUUAUGAGGAAAGUCCAUAUAGUUGAUAAAGAUGACACUUGUGAAUACAAAAAUGCCUUUGAGCUGGUGCCUAAGGAUGAGAACAGCUUUAUCUUUGCUGCCAAGUCUGCUGAAGAGAAGAGCAACUGGAUGGCAGCCCUGAUUUCCCUCCAGUAUCGUAGCACCCUGGACCGAAUGUUGGAUGCUGUAUUAUUGCAAGAAGAGAAUGAGCAGCCCCUGCGACUCCCCAGUCCAAGCAGCUAUCGUUUUGCAGUGGAAGACUCUGAGGAGAACAUGGUUUUUGAGGACAAUCUUCAGAGCAGGAAUGGGAUUCCAAUCAUCAAAGGUGGAACUGUGGUGAAACUAAUUGAAAGACUAACUUACCACAUGUAUGCAGAUCCUAAUUUUGUACGUACUUUCCUUACCACAUAUCGCUCCUUCUGUAAGCCGCAAGAGCUCCUAAGUUUGUUGAUAGAAAGAUUUGAAAUCCCUGAACCUGAACCAACCGAAGCCGAUAGGUUGGCAAUAGAGAAAGGAGAACAACCAAUCAGUGCAGACCUUAAACGAUUUCGCAAGGAAUAUGUCCAGCCAGUACAACUCAGGGUAUUAAAUGUGUUUCGGCACUGGGUAGAACAUCAUUUUUAUGACUUUGAGAGAGACCAAGAGUUACUCGAUAGACUGGAGACAUUUAUUUCCACUGUAAGAGGCAAAUCCAUGAAGAAGUGGGUGGAAUCCAUUGCAAAGAUUAUCAGGAGGAAAAAACAAGCUCAUGCAAAUGGCAUAAGCCAUAAUAUAACAUUUGAGAGCCCUCCCCCUCCAAUUGAGUGGCAUAUCAGCCGUCAGUUUGAGACAUUUGACCUCAUGACAUUGCAUCCUAUAGAGAUUGCUCGGCAGCUAACUCUCUUGGAAUCUGAUCUCUACAGGGCUGUCCAGCCUUCAGAACUUGUUGGGAGUGUGUGGACAAAAGAAGAUAAAGAAAUUAAUUCCCCAAACCUACUGAAAAUGAUACGGCAUACAACAAAUCUUACACUUUGGUUUGAAAAGUGUAUAGUAGAAAUGGAAAACUUUGAAGAGCGAGUGGCUGUGUUAAGCAGGAUUAUAGAAAUUUUGCAGGUUUUCCAGGACUUAAAUAAUUUCAAUGGAGUUCUUGAAAUAGUCAGUGCAAUGAAUUCUGUCUCCGUGUACAGACUAGACCACACCUUUGAAGCACUGCAAGAAAGAAAAAAGAAAAUUUUAGAUGAAGCAGUAGAAUUAAGUCAAGAUCACUUUAAAAAAUAUCUUGCUAAACUCAAAUCAAUUAAUCCACCAUGUGUGCCUUUCUUUGGGAUAUACUUAACAAAUAUUCUAAAGACAGAAGAAGGGAAUCCUGACUUCCUAAAAAGACAAGGGAAAGGACUGAUCAACUUUAGUAAAAGGAGGAAGGUGGCUGAAAUCACAGGAGAAAUCCAACAGUAUCAGAACCAACCUUACUGUUUACGCGUCGAACCAGACAUCCGGAGAUUUUUUGAAAAUUUGAACCCCAUGGGAAAUUACCCAGAAAAAGAAUUCACAGACUAUUUAUUCAACAAAUCUCAGGAGAUUGAGCCCCGAAAUUGCAAACAGCCCUCUAGAUAUCCUAGAAAAACCAGCUACUCUCUAAAAUCUCCUGGAAUAAGGCCAAAUGCUGGCAGGCAUAGCUCCACAUCUGGCACAUUGAGAGGCCAUCCAACUCCUCUUGAAAAGGAGCCGUAUAAGAUUAGUUUUAGCAGAAUCACUGAAACUGAACAGGAGUCCGCAGCAUCAGCACCAACCUCACCAAACAUACCAUCCACUCCUCCAGUGUCUGCAUCAUCAGAAGUCAGUGUAUUCAUAGACAUUGAUCUCAAUAGCUCCUAUGGUAGCAACAACAGCAUAUUUGCUCCUGUCCUUUUGCCACAGUCAAAAUCAUUCUUUAGUUCAUGUGGAAGUUUGCAUAAAUUAAGUGAAGAACCCCUGGUUCCUCCUCCUCUGCCUCCUCGUAAGAAAUUUGAUCAGGAGCUUUCCAACUCAAAGGGUGGUUCCAGGUCUGAUGAUGAUCCUCCUGCUGUCCCCCCAAGACAGCCACCUCCUCCAAAGAUACAGCCACGAGUCCCAGUUUACACUGGUUUGUUUGAUCAGCCGCUGCAAAGCCCUCCACCACCUCCACCAAGAGACCCUCUGCCUGACACUCCUCCUCCAGUGCCCCUUCGCCCUCCAGAGCACUUUGUAAACUGCUCAUUCAAUCUUCAGCCACCCCCUGUGGGACACUUUCACAGAGAGCCAGACUGGCUCCGGGAAGUUAGCACAUGCCCAAACUCCCCCAACACUCCUCCUGGCACCCCAUCACCUCGAAUAUUGCGUCGCUGGUGCAUGCUUAGCCCAAACCUUAAUAGCCUUGCAGCACCUCCAGUCCCACCUCGCCAGAAUUCCAGUCCUCAGCUACCAAAACUGCCACCAAAGACUUACAAGAGGGAACUUUCUCACCCUCCUUUGCACAGACACUCUUUGCUAGAAAAUGCAGAAGCUCCUCAAUGACCUUCAUUAUGGUAGUCAUUGACACUGGAAUAGCAGCUCCUAACUUUACGGUUUCUCCUUAAUUUAUUCCAAUGACACGGUGUAUUUGAGCCCUUUGUCAGGCAAACAUAUGCACCAGAGUGCUGCAGAGCAAGACUCAUCCUCAAGCAUUGGAACAACAGCCUUCAGACUCACGCUAGCCUGUUUAUUCACACCAUCAAUCUUCUCCUCAGGGGAUCAGUAACACUGCCUUCUCCUCUUCCUCUUCAGUGCUGUGACAAAGAAAACCAUAUUUUGCACUGUAAAUGACACACUACAUUAAUUUUAAACUGACAUCAGUUCAUUGCACUGAGCCAAAACAAAAGUGGUUGCUCAUGGAUUUUUAUUUCCAAACUGGAGCAUGAGCAGCCUUUUCUCUCCAUAAUAUGUGUGUGUGUGUGUGUGUGUGUGUGUGUUUAAAGGUGCAAUUAAUUGGAGAAUCUUCUCCAAACUGGUGUCUUUAAGCUGUAUCAGGACUGUAAUCCUAGCCAUUAUGGCCUUCUAGAAAGCACCAGGUAAGAUGCAUUGAGAAGUGCUCAUGAAACUUUCUCACCCAAGUCGAGUUGCAGUGAAUAGAUUCAUUUCAAUGUGAUUUACCUGGGAGAACUUUCAAGUGGAUGUGCCCAAUUGACGCCAUAAUGAAUGGACUUCCCACCAAACAUGAAGACCUAUGUCAUGUUUCUAAUUUUGUUUUUAUAAACCUAUUCGGAUACUUCCUUUUCAGGAAAAAAAUUAAAAUCAAGAGGUUUGUGCUAGACCAUUAUAUUACUGUUGUUUUCAAAUGUUAGGUGACAUCAUGUCUUAAUUUUUGUAGUUUUGCUGCUGAAAUUGGGAAAAGAGAAGUGACUAAACUAAGAGAGUGCACUACAAUUGGCCCAGUUAAGUGAGAAGCGGAAAAGGGUCUGCUUCACCCACCUGUUCAAGGAGAAUUUAGCACGUGUGUCCUAUUCAGUUGUGCCUUCAUUGUUUAAACAAGCGGAGGUGUCUUAAGCUAAAAAGUUGCCUGCUGUUUUGACGAACAGAGCUAUUGCGCCAUAUUAUGUACAGUUGUUUAUAAUGUAUAAUUUACAAAGUAAUAACCUGUAUACAUUUAUGUGACUUGAGGCUUCUUCUGCAAUCUGUUCUUUCUGUGCAUUAUACUAUUGUAAGCAUUUCUCUACAUAUUAGUGAUGAAAACCAUAUUAUAAUUACCCUUCUUUCUUCAAAUUAGACCUUUACUGUCAUUAUGGGGUCCCUUCUGAAAAUGUAGUGUUUAAACCAGCAGAUAUUGAAGAAUGCUAUUUUGGGCUCUUUGAAACUUAAAUGAGACCUUCCUCUGGCCAGUUGAACUCUUUUUUUCCAUUCAAGUUGGCAUAUUAAAUGAGUCUGGUUCACAUAUUAAAAAAGAUCUGAAGAGUCUGGUAGCACCUUUUUCAGUUAACUUUUUUUUAAAAAAACAUAAGCUUUCAUGAGCCACAGCUCACUUUAUCAGAUGUGCAAAGUGGCUAGACUUUGCCCACUUUAAGAUGGGUGGACUUCAACUUCCAGAAUCCUAGUCAGCAUGCUGGAUAAGCCAGUCCACACAACCAUGGCUAAGGUGGAUAAACAGAUUGAUAUAGGAUUUAAAUAGGAAUGAUAGGAAAGAAGGGGAUGAUAGGUUUUGUAGAUACAGGUCACCUGUGAGACAGAUUAACAGUAUCUUAUUGAUAAACAAUUGUUGUGUUAAAACCCCUUUGUAUUUGUUGAUAUCUUGAGCUUGCCUGAAAACUUUUGAUGUAUAGGUAAUAGAUAGACUAAUGACCACAAUUGUGACUGGAACCAGGGAUGAAAUGCUACUGGUUCACUACGGUUCGGGAGAACUGGUAGUUAAGAAAAGCUACUGGUUCAUCUGAACCGGUAUUUUUGAUGAUCAGCUGUGCCGCGUAGUUUAUAUUCGCUAGAAAGCAGGAAAUCCUGCUUCCUAGAGAAGCUAAAUUGUGCGACACAAUUGUUCUCCCCCCCUCGCUGUUCUACUUACCUAGUGGUCGUCUUUUUCUGUGCAAAGUGUGCGUUUGGUAUAUGGUGUGCAUGCGUGCGCAGCGUGCUUUUGGUGCAGGCGCACCACAGCGAACCAGUAGCAGUUCACAGAGGAUUUCACCACCAACUGGAACGUAUGUUAUAAGUCAUUGUGAGCAUAAGUCUAGUCAAACCUAAUUUUAUGACUAUUUUUACAACGGGCAUUAAAUAAAUCACACAAUUGUUAAGCAAAUCCAGUUUCCCCAAUGGGUGUUUUUUGCCAAAAAUUGGCAAAAAAGAACAUAAAGUACAAUCAUGUGACCACAGGAUGCUACAGCUAGUCAUAAAUGUGAAUCAAUUACCGACCACACAAUUGCAAUCACUUGGCUAUAGGGAUGUGGUAAGUGCAAGUGCAGGUCAUAAGUCGCUUUUUCCAAGGUCAUUAUAACUUUUGAACAAUUGUAAAAAAAACCUAUCAUAAACCAAGAACUACCUGCAUGCACAUUCAGCAAUCUGUUACUCAGUGGUGACUUUAAAAUGGGUUGGUUGAAAUAGGUGCUACCAGGAUUCCUUUGGAUUUUUUUGUGACUGGGCUCUUUCACAAUGUUCAAGUACUGUAGAAUCCAAAAGCCUUCUCUGGACUGCUCUGUGGCUUUUUACUGUUCUUUGUAUCAGAGUUCUUAACCAGACUAAUAAAUCACCUGGUCUUAAUUUUUAAGAAAGCCUGUUCCAGUUAUAUUAUUCUUGCAAGGUUAUCGUUAAGAAAAACAGAUUAAAUUCCUUAGAAAUGGCUUUAGGCAAGUUGGUGCCGAAGGCAGAAAAUCCAGAAUGGUGCACUCCUCCUUUCCACUAUUACAGAAAUUAAAAAAGUUGAUUAUUUGCCCAAUAAUUUCCAAUAAUUUUCAUGUCACCUGCUUGUAAUAAACCAGGGGUGCUUAAAUCCGGCUGCGGGGCCAACCUAGAAAUAUCAAAGAACCAGCCCACAGUACCUCUGCCAGCCAAAACGGGCCACGUGUGACUCCUCCACGGCCCAUUUUUGGCCUCUCCGGCCUUCAGCAGACCUCUGCAGACUAAAAAUGGCCCACGUGGAGGCCUCUGCGCAGCUCGUUUUUGGCCGGCAGAGUGCUGCUGGAGGCCGAAAAUGGGCCUCACGGGGCUUCCAUGUGACCCAUUUUUUGUUGACAGUGCUGCAGGAGACCAUUCAGGCCCAAAAAGGGACAGAGGGGGCUGCACGCAGGCCCCUGCACCCUGUUUUGGCCAUCAGGGGGCUGCAGGAGGAAUCUAUCCCAUCUCCCCCCACCAGUCCCCGUAGAACUAUAGUGCUGAUCUGGCCCUCGAAGAAAUACAGUUUGAUACCCCUGUGGUAAACUGUUUCACCCUAUGUGAUAUUUAAGCCAAAAAUUCCAAGAGGUAGUGAUGGCUCAUAAAACAGUUAAAACAUUUAUAAAAAUGCAAGGGAAGGGAAUUACAAGAAACUCUUACAUUACUUUUUUGGAAAAAAAUAUUCUUAAAAGAGCUGUGUAAAAUAGAAUGUGCUCACAAGUAAACCAGGACUUUUCAAAUUAGAAAUAAGGCCACUUGGAACAUUUCCAGAGCAUUCUGGAAAAUUGGAGUAUCUACUUCUAUUUCAAAAUGGGAAGUUUCAAGCUCAUAUGUGGUGUCAGUUCAAAACAGUCUGCACGUGAUUGGUUAUAAAUUUGUAUAAAUACAAAAACUAAUGCUAGAGAAAACCCAAGGAAACUAAGUUUUGAAAUCAAAAGAUUUCACUAAAAAUGUAUCUGUACUCUGGCUAUGGAUGCCUAUGGAGAUUUUCAAUCGUCUAAGACGUCAUGGUGGACACAAAGGUGCUUUUCAAAAGGCAACUGGACUUUUUUUUGUUCUUGGAUGAGAAGUGAAACAUUUUCAAGGAAAAAAACACGGAAGUCCAGUUGUCUUUUGAAAAGUACCUUUGGGACAUGUCUAUGGAGAUUCUUGGUCAUCUAGGUCAGGGGUGUCAAACUCGUCAUGUGAUCUCACAACCUUUCCCCCCUUUGCUAAACUGGGCAUGGGUGUGGUUAGUGCGUGACGCAUGCAGCCUGUGGGCUGUGAGUUUGACAGCCCUGAUCUAAGUCAUGGUUGUCCCAAAGGUGCUUUUUCAGGAAAGGAUCUUUGGGACAUCUUACUAUGGAUACUUUUUACUAGGUAUUGCAUAAGAUACACACUGGUUUCCCUAACAACAAAGAAAACUAAAAGUGUACUACUACGUACCAGUUGUUAUGUAUGCUCUAUUACUGGUGCAUGUAGCCAUUAGUAGUUUGCAAGUCUUAUUUUAAUCUUUAUUAUGCCCUUAGAGCCAGAAAACAUCAAAUAUGCAUAGCUUGCAAGUUAAAACUAAUAUUAUGGCAACAGAUAAGAGGGGGAAGAAUGUACUUGGUAGUAAAGAAAAUUACACCAUAUUAUGGCAUGGUUUGUUCUGAGUUAAGAUGUCAUGUGCAUCUAACCAUUUUGUUAUACAAUUAACAAUUCUUAACUCAUAUUACAAGGGAAUCCAUUCAACAGUGGCUUAUUCAAGAAACUGUUGUUAAACAAUACAUGGUUUGUUGUAACACCCAACAUAUUUGAAGACAGGUCAUGUGAAAUGAGUCCCAUGUGCACAUAAGAGGUUGAUGCUCUAUUCAUAUGAAUUAAUUAAUAAAAGGUUUUUGUAUGUUCACAGUUUCAAAUAUUAAAACCAAGUCUUGAUAA